AUGCUUGACAUACUUCGCCGUAGCGCAUUUGAAAAGCUGACUGAUGUAGAUUUCGCUGGCACCGCUUACUAUACCGUUCGCAAUCUAUCGUUGUACGAAUGUCAGGGUUGGUGUAGAGAGGAGCCCGAUUGCCAAGCAGCCGCUUUCAGUUUCGUAUUAAAUCCGCUUACCCCGGUGCAGGAAACGCGUUGCUUGUUACAGAAUGAUACUCAAGCAAAUAAUCCCAUGGCAACUCCUCAGCGUUCUGUAAACACGUAUUAUAUGGUUAAAAUUCAAGUGAGGUCAGAGAAUGUGUGUAUGAGGCCCUGGGCGUUUGAACGUGUACCCGGCAAGGCUCUAAGAGGUCUCGACAAUAGUAUUAUCUACACCACCACCAAGGAGGCUUGUCUUGCUGCUUGCCUUAAUGAGAAAAAGUUUCCGUGCCGUUCAGCGGAGUACGAGUAUGGCAGUAUGAGAUGUUCUUUGAGUGAUUCAGAUCGUCGCACCGGACAGCAUUUUGUACAACUAGUAGACACACCCGGCACUGAUUACUUCGAGAAUCUAUGCCUGAAGGCGUCCCAAGCGUGCAAAGGAGCGAGGGUAUUCACGGCACCACGCGUGGGCGUUGCUGAAGACAAAGUGGCACAAUAUGCUGGCUUGCAUUAUUAUACUGAUAAGGAGCUACAGGUAACGUCGGAAUCAGGAUGUCGACGUGCUUGUGAGAUAGAAUCAGAGUUCCUGUGCCGCUCCUUUUUGUACCUUGGAGCGCCGCAUUCAUCCAUCUACAACUGUAGAUUGUACCAUCUUGACCAUCACACGUUACCUGACGGGCCCUCAGCUUACCUGAACGCUGAACGUCCACUAAUUGAUGACGGCGAACCGAUCGGCAAAUACUUCGAGAACUUCUGUGAAAGUGAGUACCUUUAA